AUGCCUCUUUGUUCCCUAGUGUUUGUGGGCUUGGCACUUGGCAACCAUGUGGUGAGGAAGCCCCAGUUGCCCAUUGAGAGGCCAUGUGAAGAGGACUUGAAGCCACUGGCCCACUCCCCUGGCUGGUCUUUCAUCUUCCAGCAGAACCAAGUUGCCAGCCAUGCAAGUGAGGCAACAUGGAAGCAGAUUCUCCAGCUGCCAACUGAGCCACCUCUGAUGAAGCUGCAAAGAGCAAAGAUGGGCCACCCCCACUUCAUCCUGCCCAGAUUGCAGAUUUGUGAGAAAAAUAAAGUUUGUUGA